UCUAAAAUUAUAGACAUGUGUAAAACAAGUGGCAAAUAAAAUCGUUACAAACCUUUUCGUUAAUGAAAUCAUUUUUCCAACGACUCAGAACCGGAGGAAUGGUAGCUAUCAGUGACUUAACUGAUGGACUAAUGGGCGGAUAUUUUGUGGAUGAGGUGAUGGAAAAUGUUGAACACAAUGGCAUGUGUAUAGUGCCCGACCCGUUGGUCCGGGAGGCCAAGUUUGUUAGAAUGACCAGUGAAUCAAAUUACAGCAAAUGGCUUCGACCAACAUUUGACUCCCAGGUAUUGGUGAACAUAAGUGUGGAAAUGUAUUCAAUGGCUGCCGUCAAUGAAAAAGAGUCUGAAUUCAAUAUAAAUCUAUUGGCGGACUUGGAGUGGGCCGACUCCCGACUGGCCGUCACCGACGACUUGUGCCCGACUGAGGGCAGUGUCACUAUUGAAGGCAGUGAUUGGCAUUUGGAUAGGAUUUGGUCGCCGAAGCUUCGGGUGCCCAACAAUAAAAAUCCGUCCGCUUUGGACAGAGACGCCAAGAUUGUGCUCAUGAGAGUCACCACCGAUGGAUACGUUAGAGUUAGAAAAAGACUUAAUUUGGAUCUGUUUUGCCAAAUGAAUUUCCAAUACUAUCCGUUUGACACACAGAAGUGUUACGUAUCGUUUGUGUCCAGCGAUCUCUCUGAUGAUCAUUUGGCGGUUGAGUGGACACGAGUGGAACCGUUCAACUCCGACACCAACUUCUAUAUGACGGGCUUUAAGCUUAUGUCGUAUAGUCUUAAGAGCGGAAGUUUGAAAACAAAAAAUGAAAACUUUAGUUCAGUUUCCAUUAUAUUUAAUCUGAAGCGCGAGUGGACCCGAGCCCUACUCGAUCUAUAUUUGCCCACAUCUCUGGUCAUAAUAGUCUCGUGGAUAUCCUUCUGGAUGGAGAUAACGGCCACUCCGGCCCGCAUUACGUUAGGCAUCACAACAAUGUUAACGUUUGUUACGGUAGCCAAAGAGGCCCGAGAAAGGCUGCCCAACAUCUCAUAUGUGAACGCACUGGACAUCUGGUUUGUCGUUUGUACCGGUUUUAUAUUUCUAUCAUUGAUUGAGUUCUCUGUCGUUACGUAUAUAUCGAGAGCCGAGAAAAGAAAAAUCAAGGAAAUUAAGACAAUGCGAAGGACUCUAAGUCAAAGUCAACUGUCGAUAGUGUCGGGCGACUCGCAGCUCACGAUCCAAGCAAACGACAUCAAAAAUAGGCAAAACAUCUCAAGAUUUUCAUUUGAAGGCAUUGAACUGAAAGUGCCUCAAUCUCCACGACUGAAUACCGGCUUAAGACUAGCGGUACCGUCCAGUCCAACAACAAAGCGAAAUUACUUGACUAUAACCCCACCUGAAACGCCCGAAACACCCAAUUUUGACCGCCAGACCCCCUCUACCCCGUCGUACGACCCCUUAAAGCGAACACCUGUUGAGAUCGCGGAGUCAAUCGACAGGAAGUGUCGGAUUAUAUUCCCGAUU